GUUUCUUGCCGUAAGCGAAAGGUCUGAGGAGAGUGUGGGCACGUUUGCGUUGUCCGAUUCCCUCUUUCCAUAUGCCAAGACUGCAUUUUUCGAAUCUUUCCUUCACGCUUUCUAUGUGCCUUGCAAUCCCAUUUGUUCCUGCUUAUUAAAUAUAGUGUGAUAGGGUAGAGGGUUGGAGAAGAGAGAUGGCUGCUUUUUCUGAAGCCGAAGCUCCAUCGCCCGACAUAUACAUACCAGAGGAAUGGUCCGAAGCUGCCGAAACCAUAGCUUACGAUUCAGUCACUUCGCCGCCUCCUGUUGCUCUCGUCUGCGGCGCCAAGAACUGUGGCAAGACCACCUUUUCUCGCCACCUUCUCAAUAUUCUCCUUCAGAGAUAUCAAAAAGUAGCUUAUUUGGAUACAGAUGUUGGCCAGACUGAGUUUACUCCUCCUGGAUUUCUAUCCCUCACUGUAAUUGACCAACUUACUCCAGAUUUGACAAUCCCAUGCCUCAAGACGCCAGAGAGAUGCUAUUUUUUUGGUGACAUUUCUUCGAAAAGGGACCCAACAGCGUACUUGAAUUAUAUAUUUGCACUGUAUGAUUACUAUCGAAGGGAGUACUGCAUGCUCAAGGGCAGCAAAAAGCCUGUUAAAACAGAGUUGCCUCUUGUUGUUAAUACACCUGGAUGGGUAAAAGGUAUUGGUUAUGACAUACUGGUGGAUGUGUUAAAAUAUAUUGCUCCUACCCAUGUAGUUAAGAUAAACAUUUCUGCUGAGGGUAAGAAUCUUCCAUAUGGAGCAUUCUGGUUGGAUGGGGAUCAUAAAGAGUCAGUGAAUCUAAUUGAGGUCAGUUCAGCUCGUCAGGACUCUUUUAAGAGAUCGGUCUUAGUACAAAAAGAUGCAGGCCUUUUACGGGAUUUACGAAUAAUGGCUUAUUUCAGGCAGUGUUUUCCAAGUAACUUGAAUAUCACAACAAUCAAAGAACUUGCACAUGCAUUGGCCUCUCACCCUCCUUAUGAAAUUCCUAUAUCAAGUAUCAAGAUUAAGCAUCUCCAUUGCCAGGUCCCAAGUACUGAAAUUCUAUACAGUUUGAAUGCAACCAUUGUUGGCUUGGCAGUUAGUUCUGAAGAUUCUGAAAAUUUAUCUCCAUGCAUUGGCCUUGGAAUUGUAAGAGGCAUUGACACAUUCAAACGUUUACUCUAUGUGCUUACACCUGUUCCACAAAGCACUCUGGAAAAGGUUGAUCUUUUAUUACAAGGGUUUGUACAAAUUCCUACUUGUUUGCUACAGGUCCAGGGCUGCGUUUCUCCUUACAUGUCGACAAAUGUUCUGCCCACAGGCUAGCAGAUAUACUGUCGUUCAUGGCCAAGAACUUUUCCAUAGAAUCCAUUUACAGAUAUUUAGCUAAUAAGUAGUUUCCUCAGCUUGCAAGAGAUGCGACAUUAUAGAGACAGAAUGACAGCCGGCUUUCAUAGUCAAAAUCUACGUUGUAAAUUUCUCCCUCCCCUUGGAUGUUGAUUUGAGGGACUCUUUUCCCCUUAAUUUAUCAAAGAAACAUACACAUACACUGUUGUUAUUAGGCUUCAUGUACUUGGUUGAAAAAGGUUUCAGACAAUCAUUUGGAAAUACUUGCAAUACGAGAGCUAGCUAUAUUUAUUAUUA